ACCAGUCCAGGGUGUAGUCAGCUGGGAUGGGUUCCAGCUCCCCCGCGACCCUGACGGAUAAGCAGUAUAGAAAAUGGAUGGAUGGAACCCAUCAAGAACAUGUAAUAAGGUUACUCACCGUUUAGUUGUUCAGGGUGGCAUAAAGCUUGACUUAUGUUCCACAUGUGAUUUUUUCCUCGUGAUUCCAUAUUGAGGAAAAAUCAACCUUACAUACUUCUGAAGGGGAGGAUGCACAGGGCAAGGAAGGUAUGCAAACACUGAUAGAUUUAUGUGUAUGUAUGCUUGUGUGUAUAUAUAUAUGUAGGUAUAAAAAUCAAGGUUUAAUAACAUGCUUGUGUUUCAUAGAAAUGACGAAUGUUCUCCACAGGAUGACGAUUCCAGCUGUGGUUGUUGCCUUGGUAGCUGUUCUUGGACAGACGAGUGGCCUUUUUGAUACAAAUAUUGCAAAAGAUGGAAAAGUGACUCAGUCCUCCCUGUAUGGAGAUGGUGUACCUGAAAGGGCCAUUGAUGGAAAUCGUGCUAGCAAUUGGCAACAGGGAUCCUGCACCCACACACAGGAAGACGAAAAUCCAUGGUGGAGACUGGACCUCCUGAAGACGUAUAAAAUAAACACAGUCACCAUCACCAACAGAAACGAUUGUUGCCACGACAGGAUCAAUGGUGCUGAGAUUCGCAUUGGAAACUCUCUCAAUGACAAUGGCAACACUAACCCAAGAUGUGCUGUGAUUUCGUCUAUUGAACGUGGGACCUCCAAAAUCUUUGUGUGUAAUGGAAUGGAAGGCCGUUAUGUAAACAUUGUGAUACCUGGAAGAAGAGAAUAUUUGACACUGUGUGAGGUGGAGGUCACUGGUCAGACUUCUGGAAACACUUUUCCAGAUACAAAUAUUGCAAAAGAUGGAAAAGUGACUCAGUCCUCCCUGUAUGGAGAUGCUGUACCUGAAAGGGCCAUUGAUGGAAAUCGUGCUAGCAAUUGACAACAGGGAUCCUGCACCCACACACAGGAAGAUGAAAAUCCAUGGUGGAGACUGGACCUCCUGAAGACGUAUAAAAUAAACACAGUCACCAUCACCAACAGAAACGAUUGUUGCCACGACAGGAUCAAUGGUGCUGAGAUUCGCAUUGGA